AUGUUGGAGACGCUGGUGCCGCUGCGGCUGGAGCGGGUGGUGGCGGCGGCGGCCGCUGCUACCGCCUCCCCGGCCUUCACGGCACUCGCCGUCACCGCCGCGCUGCUGCUGCUGGUGCUGCGGUUGUACCGCCAGGCCUACCAGAAGCCGGAGAAUUUUCCACCGGGUCCCCCGCGGCUUCCGAUAUGGGGCAGCUACUGGCUGAUGCUGUGGGAGGACUACCGCUUCAUGCACAAGUCGUUGCUGACGCUGGCGGAGCGCUACAAGACGAAGGUGCUGGGCUUCUACCUGGGCGACUUCCCCUGCGUCAUGCUCAAGGACUACGAGGACAUCAAGGAGAUGCAGUCGCGCUCCGACCUCAUCGGCCGCGCUGACGUCAUCGUCGCCAGGGAGCGCUCCUUGGGCCAGAGAUACGAUUGUUGUCUUUUUCGCAACACCGACGGGCCGCAGUGGUCGGAGCUGCGGCGCUUCCUGCUGCGCCACAUCCGCGACUUCGGCUGGGGCCGCCGCUUCCCGGCCACCGAGGAGAUCAUGCAGCAGGAGCUGGCGGACGCCACGGCGCUGCUGCGCGGCGAGUGGGACGACGAGGAGGUGAAGCGCGGCGACCGCGUGCUCAUCUCACACCUGUUCCCGCCGUACGCCAUGAACGCCAUGUGGGCCAUGUUCGGGCACGCGCGCCUGCCGCGCGGCCAGCACGCGCCCUGGCACCGCAUCCACCGCUCCGUCAGCAACUUCUUCCGGGCCACCGACCCGUCCGGCAGCGCCGUCUCGCUCACGCCCUGGCUGCGCUUCCUCACGCCGCGCCGCUUCGGCCUGCAGGACGUCACCGACUUCAACGUCCCCAUGCGCGACUUCGUCAAG